GAACGCAUCCCCAGACAGUGAGCGCUGCUCGGGAGGCACCAGCCCUUCAGAAAAUGUUUAAACGCAUCUCCUGCCCAUUGUACCGGGGUGUGAUUUCCUGCCGGUCUUUUUAUCUGACCAGCAGACACAGAGGCCACACUCGUCGAGGUCGGGGCCGUCUUAGCCGAAGAAGACUCACCCGGCGGAGACGGAAUGCAAAGAUGGCCUUGCACCCACGGGCUGGGAAGCCUCAUGGCCAUCACAGAAGUGGAAGGCUGGGAUCUCAAGCUUCUCGAAGACCCCGAAGGGGUGUAGGGACUACAUCUUCCUCAAAGGUUCAUCGCCCUGGUGCCCUCAUGCCUGCAACACGAAGUCGUACAAGAUUCAUUCACUGCCGGGGUAAGCCCCCUCGAACACAUGUCAGCUCCAAGAGACCCAAACGGUCCAGGAUCCGUCGAUGCCACACUCGGGCACCAGGCUGGACCCAUGAGAAACAGAUGGCGAGCAGUGUCGAGGAGGGGCUCGGGCCUGAGCUAAGUCAGCUGGACCAAGAUGCAGACCUCCCAGAGGAAGAAGAAGCCGCCAGAUUCCCUGUGACCUCCCUGGAGGGGCUCUUUCUGGAAGGGGACAAGCAGCCCAGUCCAGGUCAGGGCCCUUUCUUUUACAUCGGAGGCACCAACGGAGCAUCAAUAAUCAGCAACUACUGUGAGAGCAAGGGCUGGCAACGCACGCAGGACAGCCGCUGUGAGGAUUACAAGCUGAAGUGGUGUGAGAUCAAGUCCAGGGACAACUACUGCAGCUUCCGGGAAGGCCAGCAGUUGCUGUUCCAGCUCCCCAAUAAUAAGCUGCUUACCACCAAGAUCGGGUUGCUCAGUGCCCUGCGGGAGCAUGGACGCACUUUGAGCAAAGCCAGGCUGCUGCCCAGCGCCCAAUCCAAGGUUCUGAAAAUGGACGAGUUUUUCCCAGAGACCUAUCGGCUGGACAUCAGGGACGAGAGACAGACUUUCUUGACGCUAUUUGAUGAAACCGAGAUAUGGAUCUGCAAGCCCACGGCCUCCAACCAGGGAAAGGGCAUCUUUCUGAUCAGGAGCCAGGAGGAGGCUGCUGCCCUGCAGGCCAAGACCCAGAGCAUUGAGGACGACCCCAUCUACCGCAAGAUGCCCUUCCGUGCACCUCAGGCGCGGGUGGUGCAGAGAUAUAUCCAGAACCCGCUGCUACUGGAUGGGAAGAAGUUUGAUGUACGCUCCUACAUGCUCAUCGCCUGUACCAUGCCCUACAUGGUCUUUUUUGGCCAUGGCUAUGCCCGCCUCACCCUCAGCCUGUAUGACCCUCAUUCCAGUGACCUCAGUGGUCACUUGACCAAUCAGUUCAUGCAGAAGAAGAGUCCACUGUACAUGCUUCUGAAAGAAGGCACUGUGUGGAGCAUGGAGCACCUCAACCGAUACAUCAAUGACAAGUUUAGAAAGACCAAGGGCCUCCCCAGAGACUGGGUCUUCACCACCUUCACGAAGCGGAUGCAGCAGAUCAUGGCCCACUGCUUCCUGGCAGUCAAGUCCAAGCUGGAAUGCAAGCUGGGUUACUUUGAUCUCAUUGGCUGUGAUUUCCUGAUUGAUGAGAACUUCAAGGUGUGGCUGCUGGAGAUGAACUCCAAUCCUGCCCUACAUACCAACUGUGAAGUCCUGAAGGAAGUGAUCCCUGGAGUGGUUAUGGAGACUUUGGAUCUAGCUCUUGAGACCUGCCAAAAGAGCUUGUAUUGUCAGAAGAUGCUGCCUCUGCUGUCACAGCGUCGCUUCGUGCUCCUUUACAACGGCGAGACUAUGGACGUGUGGCCACGCUUGGGGGGCUCGCGCCCCCUUGCCCGCCUGCCUCCGCCACCACCGACGCCACCUCCCAGGCCCUCCAGUGAGGCAGCAUCCUCUACACUGUCCUCACCACGUGCCACAGCAGACCGACCUGGAGCACGCAAGCCGGUGCCUUCCAGGGCUGCUCCCAUAUGCGCCUUCCGCAAAUCGCGGCUGCCUGACUCCAGCGGAGGGUCCGGAGCGGAGUCCGAGCCCUCUCUUUGUUCUGGGUCCCCAGAAGACAGCAGGGACGCGACUGGGGAGCCCUCCCUGGGGCCGUCCGAGGAAGAGCGCGAGGAGGAACAGAGGAGCGCGAGCCACCGGGGCUCCUAGCCGCCACAAGCAACCAGCGACCCUGCUCGCGGCCAUGCCCUCUCCGGGACCUAUAAAAGCUACUUUGUGACAAACGCAGCCUCCAGAAGCCGGUCCCACCUGGGUGCCCCAAGCCCUUCUGUCACCCUCCUCUCUUUGCUCCUCGGUUGUCCUUAGCAGAAGGAGAGGGAGCUGCAUGAAGAAUGGGAGUGCAUCCUUCAGAAAGGGAAAAACUUCACUGACCUGUUUUUCCUUCUAUGGGGCAGCCCACCAAAUCCUGGGUUCCCGCUUAUUGCUCUUUCUCAUCCUGUAAGAUCCUCCUGACACUCCAUGGCCUUCAUGACCUCUUCAGCCUG